AUGAGUGCGAAACGAAGUGCUGUCUGCUACUUAACUCGAGUUCCCGACUCCGAAACGAUCGAAUUUGCCGAACAACUUGCACGAGACUCACGGUUAGCAUCCAAUGUCGACGUUUACAUUAUGGUUGACGACAACAAUUAUCAAAUUCCAUCGAAUUCACCUGUUCGUUUCAUCCAAGUUAAUAAUCAAGAAUGUCUCGCGAACGGUUAUCAUUCGUCGAACAAACUGGAAAUGAAUAAAGAUUGUAUUUCUUGGGAUAAGGCAAUUUAUUACUUUUGUCGAGUGAAACAAAGCGAUUAUUCAUUUGUUUGGUUGAUUGAAGACGAUACAUUUAUUCCCUCAGUUGAUGCUUUCGUUUUUCUACAUGAAAAGUAUUCUAAAGAUGGAUGCGGAGAUUUGAUUUGUCAAAAGAACGAUGAAAAUCUUCACGGAGAUACAUCAGGAUGGAAAUGGGCUGAUGUUGUCGGCAAAUUUUACCCACCUUGGUACCAUUCCAUGGUUUGUGCGAUUGGUUGCAGUCGAAGCCUACUAGAUGCCAUUGCAAACUAUGUUCAACAACGACAUUUCCUUCCCUUUAUAGAAUAUAUGUUCAAUACAAUAGCUAUGCAGAAUCGUUUGAAAGUAAUCAAUCCGCCUGAAUUGAAUACGAUCGUUUUUCGAGAAAAUUGGACAUGGGAAAAUGUUCGACAACGACCAAAUAAUUGGUUUCAUCCUUUCAAGAACGAACAUAUCCGACGAGAAAAUCGACAAAAAUUGUGCAAUGCUUGGCAACCACCUACACAAAACGUGGAUUAUGCAGCAAAUGUGGCACAUCAACAUAACUAUCCAUAUCAAGGUCAAAUGCCACAAUAUCCUUAUUUUAUGGAGUCUUCACAAGCUGGACAGCCACCAAAUGGCGGGAGUGUCGUUUCAUCUUUAGUUUAUCGCCCGAACGCCCCUCCGCCAUAUCCACCGCAUUGA